CAUUCAAGACGACGACACCGACGAGGAAGAUGUCUGCGCGAGGAGUGGUUCCAGUGGUGAGACUCCCGCUCGACGGCCACGACUGUCCGUUUGAGGCGAUAAUCACGGGUGCGUUGACUGAACUCCGGUCGAGGGAUGACUUGCGCCGGAAGAAAGGCAUCCAUUUGUUGCGCCAAUACAUCAAUCAAGACAUGUCUGACGUGUCGGACGACGAGCUCAACUCGUUUUACGAUUUGUCCAAAACCAAGAUCUUUGACCUAAUGCUGGGCUCCGGCGCUAACAAUGCCAAUGAUAUCAAAGCCGGUAUUGUUCUCAUGUGUAUACUCUUGGACUCGAUGUCUUCGCUCGUAGAUAAGGCCAAACCAGUCAUUUACGCCCCCUUUGCCAACCAUUUGCGUAAUCUUAACCACAACUUCUCGGACAUGGAACUGCUGGACCUGUCGGCCUGCGCUGUUGGCAAGAUUGCCAUCAACUCCGGCGCCGUUAUCACCAAUUUUGUCGACUUUGAGAUCAGGCGCGCCAUUGAGAACCUCUCGCCCGACAAGAAUGAGAUUAAGAGACAUUCGGCGGUGUUGAAUCUGCGAGAGUUGGCAAACGUGACGCCGACCUACUUCUUCAGUCAAGUGAACUUAUUCUUCGAGAACAUAUUCCUCACUAUAAACGACCCGAAGAUACGCGACUCCGCGGUGUCGGCGCUCCGGUCGGCCCUCUAUGUUGUGGCCGAAAGGGAGCGCAUAUCCCAUGACCUGAAGGACAAUAAGUCCCGUAUUGACCAACAAAUACCCAAAUGUUUUAAGAUCUGCUUCGAA